ACAUGGAGGUAUGUACUGUUACCGAAACAAGUGCAGAAAGGAACUAUUCUAUAUAAUUAAAUCGGGAUGCAGAAAUGUGAAAAUGUCAUAUUCAAUUAGUUACGUAGAAUUAUUCAGCCCAGUUGCUAGUGCAGCAUCGUAUUUCUGGAAUACAGCUGGAAGUGUAACCACCAAUUUAAUAAGAGGUUCACCCAAAGUAGAAAUAAGAAUGGCACCACCAAUACCGUUGUGGAAAUUGGCAUCUGCAACAGGACCUUAUGUGAGACUUGCUGCUUUGAGUGGAGCAGCAGCUGUUGCUCUUGGUGCUUACGGAUCCCACAGAAAAUAUCCACAAGAACAAGACCCAGAGAAUAAAUUACUGGAUCACAAACAAAUUUUUGAAAUUGCAAAUCGUUAUCAUUUCAUACAUACAUUGGCAGUUUUAGGUUUACCACUUUGCAGAGCACCCUUCUUGGGUGCAAUGUUCCUGAUGUCUGGUAUGGUACUGUUUUCUGGUUCAUGUUACUAUUACGCGUUUACAGGCGAUAAAAAAUUUAGUAAAUUAACACCAAUAGGAGGAGUAUGUUUAAUAUUAGGAUGGUUAAGUAUGUGCAUUUAAGUAUGUAAAAAGACAUUGAUAUUUUUUAAGAGAAGAAUGAAAAACCAUUGAAAUAUAAAGUGUACACAAAUGUAAUGUUCUUAAUAACUUUUGAAAUAAGUCAUUUAUACUGUGAUACGUAAUAAUUUGUAAUAAUACGAUAUAUUUCACUUACGAUAGAUGUGUCGAUCAGGAAAUAUAUUUUGCCGGCAAACACGAUUGUGCUUACAUUUACAUAUUAAAGGCUACUAAUGAAACAAAAUCUAAUUUGAAUAAAACUCAUUUAUGCUAAGGAAUCGAUAUAAAUAUAUCUUUUGUUUAUAAUA